AUGCCUGGUCACCCGUCUCCACCACCUCCACCACCACCUCCUCCACCCUCGCAAUCUCAUAACAUGCUCUCAAUUCAGUCGCUCAGCGGUGCUGGAGGUCCUCCUCCACCUGCUUCUCAGUCCAACCGAUCUCCUCCAGUCGGUCCAACCGCGGCUUUGGCUCAACAGCAGCAACAACAACCAUCAUCUGGUCCAGGAACCUCGUCUGUGGGUCCUUUACCUCCUCAACAGAGCCCUCAACUCCAAACAGUGCCUCCUCCACCCUCACAGGCCUCUGGAUUGAGUUCGCUGGCUCAACUUGGCGGAGCCGCCGCAGGCACUGCGGCGCAGGGUCCGCCCGGCGGACAUGGCCCACCACCUCCAUCUCAAACAGCAUCUCAAACAGGACCUGCUCCUGGUGGUCUUGGCCAGCCACAAAUCCCUCCAACAUCACCCAACCAGCAACACCAGCAACAACAGCAGUCGGCAGGACUUCCUCCCUCGGCAGCUCAAGUCCUCCAACCAAGCCCAAUCCAGUCGGCCCAGCAAAUCGCCGAGGCCGCGGCGUACCGCCCUUUGAAUGUCAAGGACGCUUUGUCGUACCUCGACCAGGUCAAAGUCCAAUUCCAGAACCAGCCGGACGUGUAUAACCACUUCCUGGAUAUCAUGAAGGACUUCAAGAGCCACAGGUAA